CAUUCCAUUAAAUCAUAACUAAAUCAUAUGUGUUCAUAGAAUAUUUGGGAAAAAAAUCUCUUCUUUCAACUACUUCCCCAGCAAAACAGAAGUAAAAUAUUGGAAAAUAUUACAUAAAAAUGGUGCAAAAAAGUAAUCCAGCAGUAAAUUUCUUCAGAAGCAUUUACCACAAUGAAUUUCAAUGGUCUGUGGUAAAAAGUUUUGGUUUAUUCUUUUUGGGAGUACGUAUUGCCAAAGAAUUUGUAGGUGUUGAAAUUAUGCCAGCCAUUCACCAUUGAGGCGGUCGUUCUUGUUGGUCGUUGUCCCUUUAGUUUAAGUAUGAAACAUUGAUAGAUAUUUGAUUUUGUUUUAUAAAAUUCCAACAUUUUUAUUAAAAAUGUUAACAAUUUAACUAAAAAAAAGAAAA